CGAGCGAAAAUAUGCAAAAUAAAGUGAAAUACUUGUGCAGCGCACGAAUGAAGCGCGCAAGCAUAGCGCCCGCUAGCCAAUAAGCCCGACCGACCAUAUAAGCCACCUCAAAGGGAUCCGCCGCAAACAGGGGAAAGAAUUAGAAUGGCAAGAUAGUGUGUUUUAAAGCAAAUUCCACAAAAAGGUGCGUGAUAAAUGCAACAAACUGUAAGCCAGAGCGAGCGAACAGGCAACUACAACUGCAUAUGUGUGUCGUCGUCGUGUGUGUGAGAGAACGCGCGUAAGUGUGUGGUAGAGAGAGAGAGAGAGAGAGCGAGUGUGUGUGCCGUGGAGUGGGAAAGAAGCACGAUAAAACGAAACGCCAAGAAGUUUGCCAUCAUCUCUCUCUCCAUUCGCUGAUAAAGCAGAGAGCAAAUACACGCACGCACACACACACACACAUAGUGAUACACGAAUCGAGUGGAAAAUAGAAAAACAAUAAUCAGCAAAAGAGGAGCGGAAAGAAACAGUAAAGUGUAAAGAUCGAAAAUCGAAAGUGUCAAGCAUUUUUCCUAUAAAUAGUGCACAAAAAAAAAAAAAAAUACUCAAAUUACUAGUGAAAACUAAGUACUAAAAAAACCGCAAGUAACCAUCAAUACACCGAAUAAUCCCUAGUGGAACACGUCUCGGAGUCCGCCCGACACAGCCAACCAGCCAGCCAGCCAACCCCCAGCCGCAUCAUGUCCACCCUGGACGCGCGCAACAACUCGGCCAUGAUGAAGCGGGCCGAGCAGCUGAAGCGCUGGGAGGAGUCGGACACCAACCGGGCCGCGCCCACGCCCCGCCACGAGCACGGGCGCCGCAUCAAAUUCAGCUCCGGCUGUGUCUUCCUUGCCGCCUGCCUCUCCGGCGACAAGGAUGAAGUGAUCCAGCUGCUCGACCAGGGCGCCGACAUCAAUACUGCCAAUGUGGACGGCCUAACGGCCUUGCAUCAGGCCUGCAUCGAUGACAAUCUGCACAUGGUUGAGUUUCUGGUGAAGCGUGGUGCCGACAUCAACCGUCAGGACAACGAGGGCUGGACGCCGCUGCAUGCCACCGCCUCCUGCGGAUUUGUGAGCAUAGCACGUUAUCUGGUGGAGAACGGGGCCGAUGUGGCCGCCGUGAACAGCGACGGGGACUUGGCCCUGGACCUGGCCAUCGAUGUGCAGCACAGGGGCAUGAUCGAGUACAUGGAGAAGAUAGUCCAGGAGCUGAACAUCGAUGUGGAGCAGGCGCGCAAGGCCGAGGAGGAGGCGAUGCUGAGCGACGCCGAGCGCUGGCUGAGCAGCGAUGCCGCCGAGGUGGACAGGCCGCACCCGAAGACAGGGGCCACGGCGCUGCACGUGGCCGCCGCCAAGGGCUACACGAACGUGUUGAGCCUGCUGCUGGAGGGACGCGGCAAUGUGGAUCGUCAGGACAACGAUGGCUGGACGCCGCUGCAUGCCGCCUCGCACUGGGGCCAGCAGGAGACCUCCCGGAUGCUGGUCGAGUCCCUGGCCGACAUGGAUAUACGCAACUAUGCGGGACAGUCCUGCAUCGAUGUGGCCGACCGUAAAAUAGUCAAAUUCCUGGAAGAACUGCGGGCCAAAAAUCGCAACCAGCGGCGUCCAUCUAGUCAAAUCAGAAUCUCAGAUGCGAUUGAAAAUCGUGUGGACAAGACGCCCACCAAACUGGUGCGCGUUGAAGUGAGAACUGAUGCCACAAAGGAUGCGGAGAACGUGAAGCCCAAUCAACAGCAGAUCCAUGCCCUCGAGCAUCCAGUCGAGGAGGAGGCACCCUGGCGACGCAAGAUGGCCCGCGCACCCAACGACAGUCCCACUAAUAAUCAAGUUCCUGAUAGAGAGCUUAGCAGCAAUAGCUCGGAGAGCGCCAACGAUGUCAUAUUGCGACGCACCCAAAGCUUUGAGAAUGAUGAAAAGAAACCGACCGUUACACACGUUGGCACGCCCACUGGCACAGCAGCCACAGCAAAGACAACGCUCCUCAGUUCACCGUCGACGAAUGCACUGACCCCACCAAUACGCAGAUCUUUUGUACCGCCCGUGCGUGACGAAGAGAGCGAAACACAGCGCAAAGCGCAUGCCAAGAGAGUCCGCGAGACGCGUCGGUCCACCCAGGGCGUUACCCUGGACGAGAUCAAGAGUGCCGAGGAGUUGGUCAAGAAGAAGAACAUGGGCAUGGCCAACAACAACAAUAAUAACAACAAUAACAUCAGCAGCAGCGGCAGCGUAAGUACUCCCAACGAUACAAGCGAAACAGCGGCAGCCACAGCAGAACACACAUCAUCCAUCAGUGAUGCAAGCCAGCAAGAGCCACAGCCGCCACCACCGCCCACCACGCCGCCGCCAGCCAUAAUCCCCACCAGCGACGAGACGGAGAUCGAGACCAUUCUGGCCCCCAGUCCAGUGCAAAGUGCAAACGACACCACUGCCAGCUUCACCCUCUCCGCGCCGUCGAGACGCUCUGUGGUGGUCGACGACGACGACGACGGCGACGGCGACGGUGAUGGCAAGGCCGGUGGCGAUGCCGAUGAUCCGGAGGCAGUGGUCAGUGCCAGCUACACGAUAGUCUCGCGGCGCGACAAGAUCCCCGACAGCGCUGAGAGUGAGCCAGAGCAGGUGGAAUCAAACAAACAAAAGACUGACGAGCAGCAGGCGGAGAGCGAGGAGCAGAAGGCGAGGCCCACAGACCUGCCGCUGAGUGCGGCCCCGACUGAGGCCAUCAAGUCGUCCUCCUCGACCACGCCCGGCUCGCUCGAGAGUCCAGUGCGCUUGCGGGACAAGCGUGGCCUGUCCGGCAGCAGCCAGGAGACGGAUACCAAGUCGGACACCGCCUCGCCAGUGUCGGCGCAUCCGGACUUUAAUGCCCGCGACUCUCUGCUCAGUUUGUAUGCGCGCCGCACGACGGACGGCAGUGGAGGAGCAUCAGCUGCAGCAGCAGCAGCAGCGGCAACAGCAACAGGUGGUGCUGGUACUGGCGCUGGUGGUGCGGGUGGGAGUUCCACAUCAACAUCGACAGCAGAACGGCGUCCGUCUUGGCGCCUCAAAUUCGAUGCCGGCUCCAAGUUCAAGCUGGAGGACAACACCAGCGGCGGUACAUAUCCGCCCAACAACAGCACCAUUAUACCCAGCGCCCCGGCGGUGAUGGCCGCCGCCAAUCUAUCGACCACAACUGGUAUCCAGCGACGCAUCAGCAGUGGUCCCAAUGCCCUCAACGCUUCCAAUCAGUCACUGAACUCUGUGGGCCGCCCCAUCUCGGCGCCCAGCGAGAGCACAAACAACAGCAGCGCCUAUGCCACGCCAGCAGUGCGCAAAUAUGAAACGACAUCCACAGGAGCGGGAACGGGAGUGGGAGCGAGAGCGGGAGCAGCUGCUACUACGACAGCCACCACAACCGCCAAUUCAGUGUCUGCAACCAGUGCCAAUCAUGCAGCAGGAACAGCGGCAACAACCAAUGCCACAUCCAGCCAUGACGAUAAGGAAAACGACAAGGAGAACGACAAUCGCACACAGACCGUCAUACAGAGACGCCGCAAGCCGAAGCGCAGAUCGACCGGCGUGGUGCACCUUGAUGUGGAUGAACUGGAUCCCGAACGUCAGAACGAGGAGAAGGACAAGGAGAGCGGCAGCGAACGCACCUCUCGCUCCCGACUGGGCAGCACAACGAGUACGGCCGCAACGAGCACGACCAGGAGCGAGUCGAAGGGCAGCAGCGACAAGUCGGAGAACGGCGAUGGCAUUGACUACAAGGCGCUCUGGGAAGCGGCCAAAUUGGAGAACGAUAAGCUGAAGCAAGUGCUCAAGCAGAAGGAUGACGAGGUUGUGCAGACCCGCGCGACCCUCGAGAGAUUCGCCAAUGCCACCACUAAAAACUCACUCUCUGAGAUUGAGAAACGUGAACGAAGAGCUAUGGAACGCAAGCUCUCCGAGUUGGAGGAAGAGCUCAAGCUGUUGCAGAAGCUAAAGACUGAGAACGACCGCCUGCGCGCCGAGAACCGUGCCCUCACGCGAGUCGUCUCAAAGCUGACCACGUCGGCCCAGAGCCAGCUGGCCAAGGCCAAAUAGAGCCAUAUCGAAACGCAUUUCAAUCGCCUAAGCACACUCCCCCCACCCCCACCAGAAUCACACACUCACAAAAAAAGAAACAACAACAAACAAUCUCACAAACGCGCGAAUAUCGUUAUCGUUUCUAUAUACAUACACGCAUAUAUAUUGAAUACUAUAUUUAACACAUUUUGAUGUCGUUUUGAAUACUCGAAUAAGUAUAAUCCGAAUAUAUCAGCACUUGUAACAAUAAUUAAGUGAAAUUAGCUCACCUUUGAGCUCAUCAUGGGGCUUGAGAACCGCUCACUGGUAAUACAGAUCCAGAUACAGAUACAUACAGAUAGAAAUACCCACCUAUCAAUUAUUCAAACCUUCGACGAACUCUAUGGGUAGCGUAGAAAAAGUGUUUUAUAUACAUAUAGUAAAAUCUUGUUCCCACGGCUUGUUUUGCUCUAGAUCGAAAAAUGUUUGCGAAUUUAUUAUGUGUAAUCAAUAUCAAUAUAUCAUAUGUACUUAUGGGAACCACAAACCACUUGAAAUUGAACUUGAACGUGAACUGUAACCGCACUGAUUAAGUAACGUAAAUCAAAACCAUCAAAACCGCCACUCGAAUCAUAGUAAACCCCAUUGAAAAUCCAGCGAAGCCCAAAAACGCUCAAUUGCUUGCCCAAUGUGUCCCCCACCAUCAGCAUCAAAAACACACAGCAUCAGCAUCAGCACCAGGCCCCGGUCCCGGUCCUGGUUCCGGUCCAAGGAUCUGCUCUCUCACUCUCUCUCUCUCUGUCCAGCCGCACAUCGGGGGGAGAACGGGAAGGUACAGCAGUGGUCUAGUGGAUGCUGGAAGCUUUACGGUAAAUCAGACCCUCCACCAGACCCUGACAUGUGACAUUUCUAUGAGCCACCUGCGCCCAAAUACUAUUAUCAGCUGGCUGUUGUUGUUUUGUUGUUAUACACAUACCACAAAAAUAAAUAUACAUAAUAAAAAAAAAUAUAUAUAUAUUUUAUCUAUAACUGUAUUAUCGAGUGUUUCAAAAACUUGUAUCUGAUUGGAGCCUGAAUUUG